AUGGCUACAGCAAGAUCUACAAAUGCAAGUGAUGACGUGGACUCUAAUUCUGGUAAUGAUAUGAGAGAAAAUCCCAGAAGGUCUGAACGUAGCAGAACACUUACAGAAAAAGGACAAGAAUAUCAAGUUAAAAUGCUUCUGGAAAGGUCACAUAAGGAGUAUGUAGCAUUGUUAGUUGAUGCCAAUGCUAUUAAUGAAGAAAAUGAUAUUUUCAUAAAUGCUCAACAUUUGUUUGAAGAAUUUCGUGCUAAAGCGAUUGAAGAAAUUAGAAGCAUCGAGACUGAUAAAGAUGUCAGUUCUGUACAUACCAGUCUUUCAAGAUAUUCUCAUAGAUCUUAUUCUUCAUCAUCGAGUUCAUCUGUGGCGUUUAGGCUGGCUGAAAUAGCUGCCAAGAAAGCCUCAUUACAAGCAGAAGCUAGUUUUGCUGAAACUGAAGUAAAAAUUGCACAAGAGGAGGCAAAAUUGAAAUCAGAAUUAGCACAAGCAGAUGCAAAAUUGAAGUCAGAACUAGCACAAACAGAAGCAAAACUCAAAGCUGAAGCUGUAAGGCUUCAAGCAAACGUACAACAAGCUGAAAUACAAUUACAAGCUGACAAGAGAAGACUGAAUCUGCAAAAGGAAAUUGCUAAAGCAGAAGCAGAAGAGAAUAUUUUUGCUCAAAUUGAUUGUGAAAAUGAUAGCUUUAGUAGACGUGAUGUGACACAUUUUGCACCGAACGAACCUUUUGUAGUAAGUCCGCAUCAAUUCCAUACUGCUGAACAAACUGCUUUAACGAAUGAAAAUUUGGUACCGGCACCUGAAAAUACAGCUGUACCAUUUGUUACAAAUCAUAUGAAUGCAAAUCCUGCUUAUUCGAACACUGCUGAAAACGAAGUUUCAAAUCCAUUGAAUUUGUCUACUGCACCACAAAACCCAUCGGCAGAUGGCGCUAGUAGUUCAGAAAUUAAAAGACUAGUUGAAACAGUUGUUGAUAUUCAACAAAGGGCUUCAUUGCCAAAUGAAGAACCAGAAGUUUUUGAUGGUGAUUUAUUGAGAUUUCCUAUAUGGCUUGGAGAUUUUGAAGAUCUUAUUGAAAGAAAUGUUCGAAACCCUAACAGGCGUCUUCGUUAUCUUUUGAAGUAUACGACUGGAGAUGCAAGAAAGGCUAUUGAAGGUUUCAUGGGCAUAGAUGAUGAAAACGCAUAUAAUGAAGCAAAAGCGACACUAAUGGAGUGGUAUGGCGACUCGGCUACAAUAUCCAGAGCUUACAAGCAAAGACUGAAGCAAUGGCCUAUCAUACCUAUGAAUGAUGGCGGAAAAGGAAUGCGUGAGUUUUGUCAUUUUCUUACUAGUUGUAAGCUAUUGGUAAAAAAUUCUACGUUACUGAAGAAAUUGGAUGAUGAAGACUUAAUCCAAGUUCUUGUUUUGAAAUUGCCAAAGUCGGCAAGAGAUAGAUGGUCGUCAAAUGCAUGUGAAUAUCACAGAAAACAUGGAAGCUUUCCACCAUUUUCUGAAUUCUGUGAUCAUGUCAAGAAAAUAUCGAAAGUAACUACACUUCCUCUGUAUGGAACUGGAGUACUUGAUGAACUUGUGGCUAACAAUAAGAAAGCUGCAAAUGUACCCGUUAGAAGAAGGACUUAUAAUAGAGGUUCUCACUCGUACUCUAUUGAUGCAAGCGAAGAAGUUCACAGUUCUCGACAAACAGCUAAGUCGAAAACUACCCAUUUCUCAGAUUCGUGUGUGUGUUGUAAAGGAUCACAUGAUCUGAAUGAUUGUACAGCUUUUCUCAAGAAAUCUUACAAUGACCGAAUCGAAUUUAUCAAGUCAAAUGGCAUAUGUUUUGCAUGUCUAAGAAAAGGUCAUCGUUCGAAAGGAUGCACCAAAAGAAAGACUUGCAAAACUUGUGGUAAAGGUCACCCUACUGCCAUACAUUCAGAAGAAUUCGUUCGCAAGGUCAAGACGAAGAUAGAUUCAAAUGAAGAAAAUAGUUUAACGAAUGCUGAUUGUAAGAAAAGUAUAAUCUGUCAUGCAUCAGAAGCUCGAGAAGUUAUUCGAACUACAAGGAUUGUACCAAUACAAAUACUUUGUGCUGAUCGACCAAGCAAGAAAUUAAAAGUUUAUGCAAUUUUAGAUGAACAAUCUGAUACCACAUUCAUUUCGGAUGAUGUCAGACGAAGCUUGGAAUCAAAUGGAUUUAAGGUGAGAUUGAACCUUUCUACUAUGACCAGUUCGACUGUGGUGGAUUCAUACAAGAUUAUGGGCUUGCAAAUUUUAGGUUACAAGAGGGUUCUGAACAAGUAUACAAAGUUCCAAGAUAUUCUAGAUGAAAUCCCGGACUGUGAUCCUAAUAUUGAUAUUGGUAUACUCAUUGGCACUGAUUGUAUGCAAGCAUUGCGUCCGUUGCAAAUUAUAUCAGAUGCCGACACAGAAAGUUAUGCUAUCAAAACAGCAUUAGGAUGGGGAGUUGUUGGAAUGAUUGAUGCAGUAUGUGUUGGUGGAUAUGCUACCAAAACUUGUAACAAAGUGAUAUCACAUGACCUGUAUGCACCUGACAUCAUUUCUCCUCAAUUUGUACCUAUAAAUCAAGUUAAAGAAGUCAUUAACCCUUGCAUGAUUUUGAGAAGUUUCGAACAAGAUUUCAUUGAAUGCAUGCACAAGAAUAAUAUCAAAAAGCAAGAAAUUGAUGGUACAUCGAACAAACCUAUUUCUAUCGAAGAUCGUAGAUUUUUGCAGAAGUGUCAAUCAAGUAUUCACAGGACACAGGAUGGUCAUUAUGAGAUGUCUCUCCCUUUUCGAAACAAAGAAGUGAAGCUUUCAAACAACAAGCAAUUAGCUCUCAGAUGCUUACAAGGAAUUAAGAAGCGUUUUGAGAAAGAUGAAAGGUUUAAAGAGCUUUAUUGUGCAUUCAUGAAAGAUGCAAUUGAAAAGGGAUAUGCUGAGAGAUUGUCCGAUGGUGACAAUGGUAAUCAUGGAUAUGUAUGGUAUAUUCCACAUCAUGGAGUGUUUCAUCCUUGUAAGCCAAACAAGAUCAGAGUUGUAUUUAAUUGCAGUUCUGAAUUUGAAGGUCAAAGUUUAAAUGGGCAUUUGCUACAAGGACCAGAUCUUACCAACUCACUGAUAUCAGUACUUGCUCGAUUUCGUGAAAAGGAAAUUGCGUUCAUGGCAGACAUCGAAUCAAUGUUUUAUCAAGUUCGAAUUAACGAAGAAGACAGAGAUUUUGUCAGAUUUCUGUGGUGGGACAAUGGAGAUUGCACGAAAAAACCUAGUUGUUACAGGAUGCGAGUCAUGACUGCAGAUGACUAUGAAAAGGAAUUUGGUGAAGAAGCAGCUCAAUUCUUGAGAAAGAAUUUCUACGUUGAUGAUGGUUUAAAGUCAGUUGAUAGUGUUGAAGAAGCAACAUCGUUGAUCAAAGCAAGUAAGAAAAUGUGUGCUAAAGGUGGUUUCAAUUUGACAAAAUUUGUGUCUAAUAAUAAUGAAGUUUUACAAGCUGUUGAUGAGAAUGAUCGCUCGACAAAGUUCAAGAAUUUAGAUCUUGGAAGUAACCCAAUACCAGUUGAAAGAGCACUGGGUGUUCAAUGGUGUAUUGUGGAUGACAGUUUCACUUUUCGUAUUACUUUGAAAGAUCGUCCUUUCACAAGGCGUGGAAUUCUGUCAACAGUAUGUUCAAUCUAUGAUCCGUUCGGAUUUAUUGCUCCUGUUGUCUUAGAAGGAAAACGCAUUCUUCAGGAGUUGUGUCGUGAUAAGUGCAAAUGGGAUGAACCCGUUCCAGAUAAUUUGAAACCAAGAUGGGAGCGAUGGAGAAAUGAUCUUCAUCAUCUUGCCGAAUUAAAAAUUCGACGAUGUUUCAAGCCAAGUAAUUUUGGUGAAAUCAAGGAAACUGAAUUACAUCACUUUAGUGAUGCCUCGACUCGUGGAUAUGGCCAGUGCACCUAUUUAAGACUGACCAAUCAGAAAAAUCAAAUUCAUUGUUCAUUCGUGAUGGGAAAGUCUAGAGUAGCACCAUUGAAACCUAUCACGAUACCUCGAUUGGAAUUGACUGCGGCACUUGUAUCUGUUCGGGUUGGAGUCAUGUUGAGACAAGAAUUGAAUUUUGUCAACAUCAAGGAAACAUAUUGGACAGACAAGAUUCGUGAUCAUAGUGAGCCAAAUCAAUGGUUUUAUGUGGAUACAAAGAACAACCCAGCUGAUGAUGCCUCAAGAGGUUUGUGUCCAAAAGAUCUACUGACCAAACAUGAUCGAUAUCUAAAGGGACCUGAUUUUCUGUGGAAACCACUUACAGUGGAAAAAGAGUUUUCACAUGAAUUCGAAGAGCUUGAUGCUUCGGAUCCAGAAAUACGUAAUUCUGUGACAUUUUUGACUGAAGUAAAAGAGCAAUCCUUCCCAAGUCUUUUGGAGAGAUUGUCAAUGUUUUCAAGUUUAUACAAAGCUCAGAGAUUUGUUGUCAUUUUAUGCCGAUGGCUGAAAAUUCUUCAAAAUCGUAGAAACAAGAAUUUGACUUCAUCUUUUGAUUCAAUAACUGUACAAGAGAUGGAAGAUGCUAAGAAGAUAAUUUUAAAACUUAUGCAGUGUCAAGUGUAUCCAGAUGAAAUCGAAAUAUUGAACAAACCUAAGAAAUUCGAUACUGUAAAGAAAUCUUCAUCAUUAUUCAAGCUUGAUCCAUGUAUAAGAUCUGAUGGAUUGUUGAGAAUUGGGGGAAGAUUGAAAGAUUCAAGUUUGCCUGAAGAAUUGAAGCAUCCUGUCAUAUUGCCCAAGUCUCAUCAUAUUACAACUCUGAUAAUCAAGCAUUAUCAUGAAGUCGUGAAACAUCAAGGACGUGGAAUUACACUCAAUGAAAUAAGAUCUGCUGGAUUUUGGAUAGUUUCUGGCAUUGCUGCUGUCUCAAGUUUCAUACAUCACUGCACAAAAUGUAGGAGACUUAGAGGAACAUUUCAAGAACAGAAAAUGGCUGAUUUACCAAAAGACAGAAUGGAUGAUAGUCCAUGUUUUUCAUUUUGUGCUACAGAUUUAUUUGGCCCCUUCAUUAUCAAAGAAAGGAGAAAAGAACUCAAGAGAUAUGGAGUUUUAUUUACAUGUAUGGCAUCGCGUGCUGUUCGUGUUGAAAUCGCCCCAAGUUUAGAAACCGACAGCUUUAUAAAUGCUCUAAGAAGAUUUAUUUGCAGAAAUGGGCCAAUCAGACAACUGAGAUGUGACCGUGGAACCAACAUGGUUGGAGCAUCAAGAGAAUUAAAAGAGGGUCUACAGGCAAUGAAUCAUUCAAAAAUUCAAGAAGUUUUACUUCGAGAAAAUUGUGAUUAUUUCCCAUUCAAGUUCAAUGUCAGCGCUGCAAGUUAUCAGGGAGGUGUUUGGGAACGUCAAAUUCGUAGUAUUAGAGCAGUUCUUUCAUCCAUCCUGGAAAAGAAUGGAAGGCAACUAGAUGAGGAUUCUCUUCGCACUCUGAUGGCAGAGGCUGAAGCAGUUGUCAAUGGACGUCCUCUAGUUGUGGAUAAUUUGUCAUGUCCUGAUUCACCACUGCCUCUGACGCCUAAUCAUUUGUUGACUGCGAAGACAAGACUUGUAUUACCACCACCAGGUGUAUUUGGAAGGGAAGAUUUGUACUCGCGUAAAAGAUGGAGGAGAGUACAGCAUUUAGCCAAUGAAUUUUGGAUUCGAUUUCGUAAAGAAUAUUUACAAUCACUCCAAGUUCGUCAAAAGUGGAACAAAGUUCAACGUGACCUCAAAAUUGGUGAUAUUGUCAUAGUCGUUGACGAAAAUACACCAAGAAAUCAGUGGAAGAUGGCAAGAAUUGUUGAUGUCUAUCCCGAUGCAGAUGGUCAUGUUCGAAGAGUUCGAGUUCACAUAGGAGAUUCAACACUCGAUGAGAGAGGAAAGCGUAUAAAGGAUGUUCUCUUUCUUGAUCGUCCAAUCCAAAAGUUGAUUCUUUUCUUGGAGAGUGGAGAUACGGGAGAAGAUUCCCGACGAGGGAGCCAGAAAUAG